AAGGUUAUACAGAUGGUCUUCGGGUAAACAAAUCAGGAUAACAGUUAGGCUUUCGCCUCCUCUUGUGAGCUCGUGUGAGUGAUAGGGCAAGGCUGUUUGGAAGAUGGCGUGGGGAACACUCACAAUUUUACUUGCCACAGUGGCACUGGCGUUGUGUGAUCCCCUAGGUCAAGGGGUUCUACACGUACGGCAUCGACGUUUAGCCGUGGAAGACAGGCCCAACUGCAAACCCGGAGCGACGCCACCACCAACUGUGGUGGACACAACGGCCCGGUUAGCUGAAAUCAGACGUUUGUUUGGUGAAGUGCCCGGAGGAGCAGUGCAUGCUUACAUUGUGCCCAACGAGGACGCCCAUCAGAGCGAGUACCCCUCGAAUUUUGACCAACGGAGAGGCUAUAUAUCAGGCUUCACGGGAUCAGCUGGCACGGCGGUGGUUCUGGCGAACGAUGCGGCGGUAUGGACAGAUGGGCGCUACCACGACGAGGCGGAGGAUGCCCUGGACUGUAACUGGAUACUCAUGAAGCAAGGGGUCGAAGGAGUCCCAUCCAUCUCUGGCUGGUUGGUGGACCAGCUGAAGAACAUACCAGGGGCCAGGGUUGGCGCAAGCCCCUUCCUCAUGAAUGCCCGUACAUGGACGUCCUACUCGACCAUCUUCGCAAAGGCAGGGAUAUCGAUGGUGGAGGUCAACGAUGACCUUAUCGACCAGAUCUGGACUUCCGAUCGGCCCCCACAGCCAAGUACAACUAUAAAUGCUCUGUCAAUAGAAUAUGCUGGCAAGACUUGGGAGGAGAAAAUCAGUGAUGUGAGGGACAAAUUUGCUUCAAAUGGAGCAGGGGCGUAUAUUGUGACCAGUCUUGACGAGACAGCAUGGUUGUUCAACGCCCGUGCUAGCGACAUCACCUACAAUCCGUUCUUCAUCUCAUAUGCCAUCGUGGAGACAAGUAGAGUCAGGUUGUACCUGCUGGAUCACAUAACCAAGUUGACGACCAAUCCAACAGACAUAAACAGUACAGCAAAACUGCAUGAACACCUAAAAACAAGUACGAAUGGCUCCUGUUCAUCACCAGUCAGCAGCUGUGUGGAGGUGUUGGCCUACAAUGCCGCAGCAGUGAGUGAAGAUAUCAAAGCUAUCGCCAAUAACAACGUCAGCAUAUGGGUAUCUCUCUAUUGUAACCAGGCUAUAUACAGCACCAUACCCGAGGCUCAGAGAAUUCACGACAAGUCCGCCAUUGCAUUAAUGAAGUCCCAGAAGAAUGCAGUAGAGAGAGCGGGAAUGCAGGCUUCACAUAUCCGCGAUGCAGUGGCCCUAAUCAAAUUCAUGGAAAAACUCGAACGUGAAGUGAAGGCAGGGCAGUAUUGGUCUGAAGUUACAGCUGAUGCUGAUCUAAAGAAGUACAGACUCGAGCAGAAUUUGAACCGUGGACUGAGUUUCGGCUCCAUAGCCGGGUCUGGAUCUAACGGCGCCAUCAUCCACUACAGUCCCACCAACGCCACCGACAAACAGAUCACCACGUCAGACAUGUUCCUUCUUGACUCGGGCGGGCAAUAUCUAGACGGCACCACCGACGUCACCAGGACCUUCCAUUUCGGCGUUCCAUCGGACUAUCAGAAGGAGUGCUACACCCGAGUGUUGAUGGGCCACAUCGACCUGGCCCUGCUCAAGUGGCCAAAGGGACUCUAUGGUCGAGAAAUAGACGCCAUAACUCGGGCACCCCUCUGGGAGGCUGGACUGAUCUACCUGCACGGCACGGGGCACGGGAUAGGGGCUUACCUCAGCGUCCACGAGGGACCCGGCAGAAUCUCCCUUUCCCAUGAUCUCAAUCCCAGCGAUGAAGUCCUCGACGAAUACAUGUUCUUCUCAGAUGAGCCAGGUUACUACGAGAAGGAUCAGUUUGGAAUUCGACUUGAGACAAUUGUAAUGGUGGAAAAAGUCAACGUAACAUAUCCGUUCCCUGACACGGUGUAUCUGGGCUUCCGACCCAUCACCUUGGUGCCAUACGAGCCCAAUCUUAUCAAGAAAGAGAUGCUGAGCGCAAAGCAGAUCAAGUGGCUCAAUGACUACCACAAGCGUGUUGAGCAGGAGGUUGGACCAAAGCUGAGUGGAGCUGCACUGCAGUGGGUGAAGGCAAGGACCACGCCCAUCUCUACGCAGACUGUGAGCUCCGCACAGCCUCAUGCACCAGCCUUGCUACUCACUGUCUUGUCUGCCGUGCUGUGGUGGAGUUGUCUUCAUUGACAUUUGACGUACUGGAGUCACUAUUGAUGGACAUACUGUUUAUAUUCUCGAUAUAUGGACAUUGGACUUUUAACAGAUUUGUGUAGAAGUCAUCAUCUGGCGAAUCAUUCUGUCAAUGAAACCAGGGGAUGGACCAAUACCACUUCCUUCUAAUUUAUACAUUGAAGUCAGAUGAACCAAAUUCAAGAUACAAAUUCACCUUGUAAUCGGAUUUUAAUUUAUUGAUGAUCUCAACACUGAUUUAUUUAGGGUAAUACAAAGUUUGCCAAAAUGUCGUAUUUUGCUAUUCCAUGAAUAUAAAAGUAAUUACUCUUACUAUAGACAUACCGUCUGAAAAACAGUUUUCAGACGGUAUA